AGUCAACAUUUCCAUCACCAUUGUUCAAUUCGAUUCGCCAUGCGCACUGCCAUUGCCUGCCUCGCCGUCGCCUCGACGGCCUUUGCCUCCACCGCGUGCACGACGGACCGCACCAUCAAGUACCUCGGGUACGAGCUCACGUUCGACUGCGAAGCCGCCUCCCCCGACCGCUGGACGUACUCGCUCGGCUUUGACAACGGCAAGGCCAAGCGUCCGAGCGGCUAUUACCAGGACCCGAACCUCCCGCCGAGCUGCAAGCAGCAAAAGGCCACGAGCUCGUACGGCAACGGCUACGACCGCGGCCACCUCGUCGCCUCCAACCACAUGGACGCCAACGAGACCACGAUCCGCGAGGCCCACUACAUGACCAACAUCCUCCCGCAGAUCUCGACCUUCAACCAGGGCAUCUGGCAAAAGACCGAGGAAAUGGAAGACUGCUACCGCGACCUGCACCCGAUCACGACGUACGGUGGUGUUGUCUACACGGACGCCUCCAACGACAUUUUUGUCGACAAGUGGGGUGUCAAGACGCCGGAUUUCUGGUGGAAGGUGGUUUUGACCAAGGACGAUGCGGGCAACGACAAGAUCAUUUCGUGGUACUUCCCCAACCAGGCCAACCUCGGCAAGUUGGACGAGUACUUGACGUCGGUGUCGGCGAUCGAGAAGAAGCUGAACGACGGUCUCGGUCCGAUCCCGGUGCCGCUUGCGCUCAAGGAGUUUGUGGCGCCCAAGACGUGGGACUUGCCCAAGAAUUGCGAUCGCAGCUAA